AUGGACGUGGCAUUGCACUGCACCACCACAUGUGUGGACCCCUGCUGCCAAGAAGUAACCAAGUGUACCACCACUUGUGUUGACCCCUGUUGCCAGGAGGUCACCAAGUGCACAACCACAUGUGUGGACCCCUGUUGCCAAGAAGUAACCAAGUGUACCACCACUUGUGUGGACCCCUGUUGCCAGGAGGUCACCAAGUGCACAACCAGAUGUGUGGACCCCUGCUGCCAAGAAGUGAGCAAGUGCAUCACCACAUGUGUGGACCCCUGCUGCCAAGAAGUAACCAAGUGUACCACCACUUGUGUGGACCCCUGCUGCCAGGAGGUCACCAAGUGCACAACCAGAUGUGUGGACCCCUGUUGCCAAGAAGUGAGCAAGUGCAUCACCACAUGUGUGGACCCCUGCUGCCAAGAGGUCACCAAGUGUACCACCACGUGUGUAGAUCCGUGCUGUAGACCUGUGACCAGAUGUGCCACGAGGUGUGUGGAUCCCUGCUGUGGAGCUGUCACCAGAUACACCACUAAGUGUGUGGAUCCGUGUUGCAAUAGAGUGACCAAGUGCACCACCAGGUGUGUAGACCCAUGCUGUAGUGAAGUGAUUAAGUGCACUACCAGGUGUGUGGAUCCCUGCUGUAGAGAGGUGACCAAGUGCACCACGAAGUGCGUAGAUCCAUGCUGCAAUCGAGUAGCCAAGUGCACCACCAGGUGUGUGGAUCCAUGCCGUAGAGAGGUGACCAAGUGCACCACCAAGUGUGUGGAUCCGUGCCGUAGAGAGGUGACCAAGUGCACCACCAAGUGUGUGGAUCCGUGCUGUGGACCCGUGACUAGAUACACCACUAAGUGUGUGGAUCCAUGCCGUGGAGCUGUCACCAGAUACACCACUAAGUGUGUGGAUCCAUGCUGUGGCAGAGUGAGCAAGUGCACCACCAGGUGUGUAGAUCCAUGCUGUGGAGAAGUGGCGAAGUGCACCACCAGGUGUGUGGAUCCCUGCUGUAGACCUGUGACCAGAUGCACUACUAAGUGUGUGGAGCCAUGCUGUGGGCAAGUGACCAAGUGCACCACCAGGUGCGUGGAUCCCUGCUGCAAGGAAGUCAUCAAGUGCACCACCAGAUGUGUGGACCCCUGCUGUAGUGAGGUGACCAGGUGCACCACCACCUGUGUGGAGCCCUGCUGUGGAGCUGUGAGUGAAUGCACCACCACCUGCGUGGAUCCCUGCUGCCAGGAGGUCUCCAAGUGCACCACCACCUGCGUGGAUCCCUGCUGCCAGGAGGUCUCCAAGUGCACCACCACCUGCGUGGAUCCCUGCUGCCAGGAGGUCACCAAGUGCACCACCACGUGCGUGGAACCCUGCUGUGGGGGCGUUCAGGCUGUGACGAAGUGUGUGGAUUCCUGUCCCACCACCUGCAUUACACAAGCCACCCCCCCGUGCAAGGGUGUGUGCACCCCUGUCUGCGGCCGACACUACUCCAUCACCUGCUCAGAAGUUUGCCCUCGUAAAUGCAUGGCUCCUUGAGGGGUUGCGUGUGGGGGCUCCUGUGGUGGGAGUCUCCAAAGGCUAAGGAACGAAAACGGUUUACAGAUCCCCGGACUUGUCAAUGUCUUCCUCACCUCUUUCCCUUCCUACUGCCCUUCCUGUCCUAGGAAGAGUAAAUCUUCAAACGGGUUUCCUUACGUUCUGCAUCAUUUCUACUAUUUUUUACCUCACGCACAACGCGUUUCCUUGUAACUAACGUGUAACUGAUUGAUUUUGUGCCCCCGGGGAUAUUGCCUGGGAGAGAGAUUCUGUGAUUUUUCUUUGCACUGUGGUGUGGAUGGAGGGAUUUCCACAUUUGUUAUUUCUUGGCAUCUUCUUCUUUUUCUUGCAUGAAGCAAUAAAAAAAAAUAUAUAUAUUAUCUUGG